AUGACCAUUCACCUUGCAGAGAAGGGAGCAGGUCCACGGGAAUGUUGGCCAGAGUUGCAAACAAACAGGCUCCACAGGGCCAAGCGACGGGGCAGGCACACAGACAAAGGAUCAGCACUACGAAGGCAGCCGCACUUCGAAGCCGGUCGAGGCCGCCUCUACGCAUUUCUCGCCGCACGCCUCAGACGAAGGCGCGCACUCCCGCCACCCGCACUGCGCACGCGCUGCGGAAAGGCGCGAGCACCUCCCGCUGCAGGCGCGGGUGGGGGGAAGCUGCGCAUGCGCGAGCUCUGCCCCUCCGGGCGGUCAGAGGGCGGGAGGGGCGGUCGCGCCUCAGUAAGCGUCAUGGCGUGCGCCGCGGCGGGCAGCGCUGGCGGGAGCUCCUUUUCGGACCGGCACGCUCGCCUCCUGCUGGCUCAAAUCAACCGGCUGCGCGUCGGGCAGAGCUUCUGCGACGUGCGGCUGGAGGUGGGCCGCGAGACGUUCUCCGUGCACCGCCUGGUGCUGGCGGCCAGCAGCCCGUACUUCGCGGCGCUCUUCGCGGGCGGCAUGAAGGAAUCGGGGCGGGACGUGGUGCGCAUCGCGGGCGUCGAGGCGGGCGUCUUCCGCGCGCUGCUGGACUUCAUCUACACGGGCGUGGUGAGCAUCGGCGAGCACAACGUGCAGGAGCUGAUCGUCGCCGCGGACAUGUUGCAGCUCAGCGAGGUGGUGGAGCUGUGCUGCGAGUUCCUGAAGGGCCAGAUCGACCCACUGAACUGCAUCGGCUUCUUCCAGUUCUCCGAGCAGAUCGCCUGCCACGACCUGCUGGAGUUCACGGAGAGCUACAUCCACGCGCACUUCCUGGAGGUGCAGGCUGGGGAGGAGUUCCUGGCGCUGAGCAAGGAGCAGCUGGUGAAGAUCCUGCGGAGCGAGGACCUGAGCAUUGAGGACGAGUACCAGGUGUUCCUGGCUGCCAUGCAAUGGAUUUUGAAGGAUCUGGGAAAAAGAAGGAAGUACGUAGUGGAAGUGCUGGAGCCUGUGCGAUUCCCUCUGUUGCCGGCGCAAAGACUCCUAAAGUACAUAGAAGGUAUUCCAGAUUUCAGCCUUCGGGUGGCCCUGCAAACUCUGCUGAAAGAAUACUGUGAAGUCUGUAAAUCUCCCAAAGAAAACAAGGUCAGCAGUUUUCUGCAAGCUUCUAAAGGUCGCCCACGGAGGAAAGCCAGGAAGUACCUUUAUGCAGUAGGAGGGUACACCCGACUGCAAGGAGGACGUUGGAGUGACAGCAGAGCCCUCAGCUGUGUGGAGCGAUUUGACACUUUCAGCCACUACUGGACUACGGUGUCUUCCCUCCACCAGGCCCGUAGCGGGCUGGGUGUGGCUGUUGUUGGAGGAAUGGUGUAUGCCAUUGGAGGUGAGAAGGAUUCAAUGAUUUUUGACUGUACGGAAUGUUACGAUCCUGUCAGUAAGCAGUGGACCAUUGUGGCUUCCAUGAACCAUCCUCGUUGUGGACUGGGAGUGUGUGCAUGCUAUGGUGCUAUCUAUGCUUUAGGAGGUUGGGUUGGAGCAGAGAUCGGUAACACAAUUGAAAGAUUUGAUCCUGAAGAAAAUAGUUGGGAUGUGGUGGGAAGUAUGGCUGUGCCCCGUUAUUACUUCGGAUGUUGUGAAAUACAAGGUCUGAUUUAUGUUGUUGGUGGUAUCAGCCAUGAGGGAGUAGAGCUGCGUUCUGUUGAAGUCUACGACCCGAUAUCUAAACGUUGGUCUGAGCUUCCUCCCAUGGGCACCCGAAGAGCAUAUCUUGGUGUAGCUGCUCUCAACGAUUGUAUCUAUGCUGUAGGAGGCUGGAACGAAUCUCAAGAUGCGCUUGCUACUGUAGAAAGAUACUCCUUUGAAGAGGAAAAGUGGGUUGAAGUUGCACCAAUGAAGAUGCCAAGAGCUGGUGUCUGUGUUGUGACUGUGAAUGGAUUUCUUUAUGCCUCGGGAGGCCGUGCUCCCAGUCAUGAUUUUGCUGCUCCAGUAACCUCUGACUCUGUUGAAGUUUAUAACCCUCACAUGGACAGUUGGACUGAAAUUGCCAACAUGAUCACCAGCCGCUGUGAAGGAGGUGUAGCUGUGCUGUAAAAUGCAAGGAAGAAAACUCAUCUAAAGAAUGAGUGAGCAUCUGCCUCCUCAGGUUUCUGGUUUCAUUGGCCAGAAACCUCUUUUGUCAGCAGAAGCUUCAGUAGAGACACAGGGGGGUUAGAUCAGAGGGCUUUUCCUAAGCAAAAGGAAAUAUUAAAACUCUUGCCCUUCAAAGUAAAUGGGCUUAUCCCAGAGUAGGAAUGCCUCUUAUGACUGGAUUAAGAUAUAAUAAAUGGCAAAUUUGCCCUGUACAACUCUGAAGAAAUCAUUCCAGCACACUAGAGAUACUAGAUCUCAGAUGUGUCAGUCAGUAUCUUUAGCUGGCCUUACAGUCUGGAAGAAGGCUGCUCUGGAUGGCUAGGAGUUCCCUGCUGAUAAAAGCAGGCUGGCCACUUGAAGCAUUAGUUGUCCUUUACUGAUAGAAAACA